AUGGUGCCGCCCACGUUGAGCAUUUUCGAACGUUGGACUGAAUUCGAACCACCACUGUCCAUCGUCUGGCGUGGAGAGGAUAACGAGUCUCUCUACGAGGAAGCUCGAGUGAAUAGGGUAUUCAAUUGCCAACGGCCCAAAAGAUACCCACGUGGUAUCGUGUCUGCAAAGACAGAGUCUGACAUUGUCAAAGCUGUCAAGCUAGCAAUCGAUCAAAAAUGCUCCGUUUCUGUCCGGGCCGGAGGGCACAGUUGGCCAGUAUGGAGCAUUCGCAAUGAUACUAUCUUGUUAGAUCUAGGUGAUGUUUCCGAAAUCAGCUUUGACGAUGAUACUGGUGUGGUUAGCGCGUCUCCAAGUACAACGGGUCAAGAAUUAUCCGAUUAUUUGCAUACCAGAGGUCGCAUCUUCCCCGUCGGACAUUGUCCGGACGUGGGAAUUGGGGGCUACUUGCUCUGUGGUGGCAUGGGAUGGAAUUCCAAUAUUCCCUCUGGCAUCGACGACGGCCUGGAAAUUGCCGUGAUCGGAAGCUAUCCCUCCGGAUUUGAUGAGUGCUGCAUAACAGUUGCCCUUUUUGCCGUUGGCCACGAUGAAGAAAGCGUCAGAGAAGUCCUGCAUCGUGCAGACGAGUCUCACCCGGACGGGGCAGCGGUCCGCUCAGUUUGCGAUGACACGAACUUCAAUGAACAAUUCCAUUACAAACGGGAGGCAUAUCCAGAAGAACACAGGUAUUGUGCCGAUAAUUCGUUUCUGAAUGACAAUUCGGAUGUCGCAUCCGUUCUCAAAUCUGCAUUCUCAACGUUACCCACAAGAAAGUCACUAGCUCUCUACAACUCCAUGGUUCCUACAAGCCGCCGUGACUUGCCGCCUAUGGCGUUGAGUGUGCAAUCGGACCACUAUUUUGCGCUGUACGGUAUCUGGGAAGAUGAGGACGACGAUGCACGCAAUCAAGCGUGGGUAUCGGAGAUCAUGAAACAGGUUGGCCAACACUCGGUCGGUGCCUAUACGGGUGAAUUUGACUUUCAGACGCGACAGUCUCGAUUUUGGGGAGAUGAGCAAAAGAAAAAGUUGAAAGAUAUUAGGAAGAAAUGGGAUCCGACAGGAGUCUUCUGUGGCUAUCUGGGGCUCGAAAGUGAUCAAUAG